AUGGAGAGAGGGAAGGCGAAGGAGAGGGACAAGUUUUCUUCUUCGAGCAGUAGGGAAUCAGUAAAAGCAGAGAAGGAAAAAAGGAAAGAUGUGGAAGUAAAAAGCAAAGGGAAAGAGAUAGGGAAGGAAGAGGAGAAGAGGAAGUCUGUAGAGCUGAAAGUCAAGAAGGGGAAAGAGACAGGGAAGGAAGAAGAGAAAAGGAAGAGUGUGGACGCGAAAAUUAAAGAAGACGGGAAAGAGACAGGGAAGGAAGAGGAGAAAAGGAAGAGUGUGGACGCGAAAAUUAAAGAAGACGGGAAAGAGAAAGGGAAGGAAGAGGAGAAAAGGAAGAGUGUGGACGCGAAAAUCAAGGAGAACGGGAAGGAGAAAGGGAAGGAAGAGGAGAAAAGGAAGAGUGUGGACGCGAAAAUCAAGGAGAACGGGAAGGAGAAAGGGAAGGAAGAGGAGAAAAGGAAGAGUGUGGAGUUGAAAAUUAAAGAAAACGGGAAAGAGAAAGGGAAGGAAGAGGAGAAAAGGAAGAGUGUGGACGCGAAAAUCAAGGAGAAUGGGAAAGAGAAAGGGAAGGAAGAGGAGAAAAGGAAGAGUGUGGAUGCGAAAAUUAAAGAAAACGGAAAAGAGAAAGGGAAGGAAGAGGAGAAAAGGAAGAGUGUGGAGUUGAAAAUCAAGGAGAAAGGGAAAGAGAAAGGGAAGGAGGAGGAGAAAAGAAAGAGUGUGGACGCGAAAAUCAAGGAGAAUGGGAAAGAGAAAGGGAAGGAAGAGGAGAAAAGGAAGAGUGUGGAGUUGAAAAUCAAGGAAAACGGAAAGGAGAAAGGGAAGGAGGAGGAGAAAAGGAAGAGUGUGGACGCGAAAAUCAAGGAGAAAGGGAAGGAAGAGGAGAAAAGAAAGAGUGUGGACGCGAAAAUCAAAGAAAACGGGAAAGACAAGGGGAAAGAAGAGGAGAAAAGGAAGAGUGUGGACAUAAAACUCCAGGGGAACGGGAAAGAGAAAGGAAAAGAAGAGAAAAAGAAAAAUGUGGACGUGAAAAACAAGGAGAAUGGAAAAGGAAAGGAAGUCAAGGAGGAGCAAGGGAUGGAGAAUGAGGAGGAACAGGUCACAGAAAAGGUCAAAGACAGCAGCAGCAUCUCGAUUAAAAUCCUGUACCCGCCGCCGCCGGUAAGAGACCUGGGACCCGCUUCGCCUCCUAGGCGGUUGUGGGCAUUCAGACCCGCCGGCUCUGUUACGUCGCCCCCGAAGUACGCAGAGAACCGGAUCUUGUCCGAGGGCGUCUGUCUAUGGAUGGUGGGGAUGUGGGGGAAUAAAAGUAACCAGAUCCUAGUAGUAGGCCUGGAUGGAGCAGGAAAGACCAGCGUCCUCUACUCACUGGCUUCCAACAGAGUCCAGCACAGCCAGGCACCUACCCAAGGUUUCAACGAAGUUUGCAUCAGCACUGAGGACAGGCAGAUGGAGUUCCUGGAGAUUGGCGGCAGUGAGCCAUUCCGCGCCUACUGGGAUAUGUACCUGCCUAAGGUAUGGCUGCUGAUCUUUGUGGUCGACUCAGCUGAUCACAAUCGAUUGCCUGAAGCCAGGAGAUACCUUCAUCAGCUGAUUGCACCCAACCCAGGGCUCCCUCUGGUUGUGUUUGCCAACAAACAGGAUCUUGAAGACGCCUACCACAUUACAGACAUCCACGAUGCUCUGGCACUGUCGGAAGUGGGGAAUGACAGGAAGCUGUUCUUGUUUGGAACUCAGGUGACUGAGAAUGGCACAGAGAUCCCCUCCACCAUGCAAGAUGCCAGAGACCUGAUUGCACAUCUGGCCGCAAAUAUGUAG